CUGGAGUAAAAAGCUAAGCAGUUUUCCACCCUUUUUGGGAGUCUCAGUGGAGCUGUCUUGCUAUCUCGCUCGCACACGGCUUGGUAAUCGAUAAGCUUAACAGCGGGCCUGUCCACUCGUUCGCCACUGUUGAGCUUUCGUGGCGAGUGUUACAAGAGUGGAAUUGGAAAAGCUGGCGCGAAGGGAAGAAAAUUCAUAAAUGAAAGCUUCUAAUUGCCGGAGAAUGACAAACGCGACAAGAAAUCAGCGAGAGCGAACAAAAGCAGAGCCAUCUUUUUAGGCAGCCAGUGAAAUCAGCAGCGAAAGCCGCGAAAAUUGAGCCGCCGCAGCGUAGGAGAUGCUGUUGAUGCCCACAUCCUGUGGGCCGGGUCCACCCCACGACCAUGGCCCCUCAUUCUCACCUUCACCCUCAACCUCAUGCACCCUCCAAUGUUCAUGCCCACUGCCAUGCCCCCGCCGAGCAGAAGAUGAUGGAGCGCCGGUCCAACGGUCAGGAAGGAUCCUGGCCUCAAGGCCCAGUUCAGGGUCGACCAUUCCCCGGUGGCUGCUAAUGCUGUUGAUGCUCUUCGCCAUUCUGGCCCAGACACCAAGGGGUCAGGUGGCCGCCGAGAAGAGUAAACACUAUUACAUGCAAUCCCUGUGCAAGAAUCACUUCCUGCAGCAGUUGUAUCGUAAGAUCGAUGGCGCCGUUCUCUGGUCACAGAAUGAACGCAACCUGGACUGCAUCAUCACCUUCCAAACCCACUCGGUGUUGCAACGCUUCAUGCUGCGCUUCGACAUGCUGCAGCUUGAUUGCAACGAUCACCUGCUGGUCUACGAUGGAGCCCAUGCCGUCUCCACACCCAAGAUUGACAUCUCCUGUCGAAACACAAAGAAUACCGUCAACGCGCUCCUGACGCGCACGAACUUUGUGACUCUGAAGUACGUGACCGAUGGCUGGGGAACGGAUGCGAAUGGGUUCAAGUUGGUGAUUACAUCGGUGAAGGAUCCCAAGCACACCUGCAAGGACUUUACCUGUGCCACCCGCGAGUUUUGCAUCCAUCCUGAUCUGUUGUGCGAUGGUGUCAAUCAUUGCGGCGACAACUCGGAUGAAUCAGUGCAGAAUCUUUGCCAGAGUGAGGCGAGUAGCACAGUCUUUGGCAUGGACAUGACCUGGUUCGUCCUGAUUGUCGUGGGCGUACUGCUGGUGCUCAGUGCCCUCAUCGUGGCCGUGGCCAUUUGUGUGUGCCGGCGUCAGGACGAGAAUGCCGCCAAUCAGAACACCGCACUCCAAUUGCACCACAAUGCCGACACGAAUGGUUCGUCGAAACAUCUGCACUACCAUGGCAUCAGUGUCGGCGGAACGCUGACGCGGGAGCAUACCCAGCUGCCGACGUCGGGAAACUGGCAUCACCCUGCGGGACCAUCCGGGUACCACCGCACUCCACACAGCUACUUGAAGAUGGCCACCAAAGUCCGUCCCAUUUGGUGCUUGGCAAAUUCCGUCAAUUAGGUCAAGAUCUAUCGCAUAACUCCGCCGGGCUCAGCCAGACGAACAUUGCCGGAGCUGGCGCCGCAGGCGCUGCGCAAAAGGACGAAUGGUUCGUCUAGGACCAAAGUCUGAGAGCAUUUGCGAAAGAACCAAUUGACUUGAGCACAAUAAUCUGUACUUUAUUAAGAAAAAUUUAUGGAUAUUUGCAGAGCAUUAAAUGAAGACUGUACGACUAUAUUUAACAACAAUUAGUGUGGACAUCACCGCGCAGGGUGUAUUAUAUAGAGAUCUCUCCUCGUACCCAAGCAGAGACUCGAACGCAUUGGGCAGGACUUGCCGGUCCUGUCGGAUAACCAAUGCAUCUGUACAUAGUCUAUAAAUAUAUAUAUCAAUUAUAAUUUAACUGAUUAACACUGCACGCUGGCUAAAACAAGAUCCUUAACCUGAACCUGGCCCUGAAUCCCUAUCAUAAGUUUGGUGCAAGUACAUACGUUGGCAUUUAUUUAGAGUAAUUAUUUACGUUUAGAUGGCAUAAUUAGGCAGAUGGAAUAACUAUUGAUCUUCGAUUAUAAAGUCAGUUUGCAUUGCAUUGCGGAUUGCGUUCGAUAUGUGCACAGUUUAAAGUAACAUUAAAGAUAUUGUAUAACGAAUCCGGAGAUAGUCACAGAUUCUGAAAGGAACAAUCGUAAGCAUUUAACUGAAUUGUGAACAGAAAACCGAGAAACAAAAAAACCGUAAGAAGUAUUAAAGCUCAACAUGAAUAACCGAACACUGUCAUUAAUAUACAACUUCCGAAUCUAAACAAUUUGAGAUAACUGAAUGUUUUUACCAAAACAAAACAAAAAACUAAGCUGAAUUCUAAUCACAAAAUGGACACAAGAAGAUCAACAAAACAAGGGAUGUACAUAAGUAGUCGACAAUAUACUCACAUACUUACUUACAAAAUAAAAAAAGGAAACAGAAACCGAAUGUCAUUAAACGGAAACUUCGAUUAAAACUGUGUCACCUCCUGAAUACUUCACCGCCACUUUCCAUUGUCCACGAGGAGACAAAGAAAGAAGCAGACAUUUCACCGAGAGACUCACUCAUUCAAGGACCUCAUUAAGGAGCCGAAUAAAAAGCGAUAUCGAAACCGAAACCCAUGCUAAGCGGAAAUAUUCUGAGACAUUAAGGACAAUACAGUGAAAACUUUUGCUUUUGAUACAACUAAAUUGAGACGAUGUCGUGGUGCAUGGUGCAUUUUAAUCUACAGAAGUGUCCGAAUACGAAUACAAUUUUCUACAAUCAACAACCGAAAUGGGAUUCUACACAAAAUUAAACGUAAAACCGAGUUAAAAUUGAAUACAUUUUGCUACAAAAUCGAAUGAUAACGAUCAUAUACAUAUUAUAUUUGACGACAAUGUGCAUAGGAGGAGGAGUCACUUGAGAAAACCAAACUAAAAUGCUUCAAAAUGAUUGUAGUACUUCCCGCCGUUAAUAUUUUUUUAAAUAUAUCGUACAUACUACAAGAAUACAGAUAAUACUUAUACUAAGAAGCAAUAUGUAAGAACUUUUUCCGCUGCUAUACAAAAAUAUUUGUCUUUCGAAAUACUUCCAUAGGCCCAGGCCCAGUUUUUGCGUAUCCUCGAGUUUUCUUUUUCCAGAAUAAUACCUACUUUCCCGUUUUGCUAAGCCAGAAAAUAAAUGAAACAUAAAUUAUAUGCAGAUAGGGGCAAAAAUUAAACACUAAACAGAGUGUUUGUUAGGUGGCAUGUGUUCAGCCCGAUCAGUGCGAUUAAGUCAAAUUAAAUUAAAUUAGUUUUGUACUUAGCUGUAAAGUGAAGAAAACAAAAACCCCGAAAACUAAAUUAACUAACUAACUCCUAGGCAUAAUUUCCGCUGAAAGUCUCUCUUCUUUGUAACCCAAAUUCCUUCCUUCUUUCUUUCGAUUGUAAAACUACAUACAUACAAGCGUCUUAUACUAUAAUAUAUAUAUAUAUCAUAAAUUAUAGGAAAAUGGUAUUAUGAUGUAUUAUGAUAAAUUGAAUUUUUAACCGAAACUUAUAAGCAAAUUGUAUUAGGCGUCAAAUUUUAGAAGCGAAUGGCGAUGAGCAUACGUUAUGGGUAUGAGCUGAGGCCGCAUUCAUACCAUACCAUACAUGGCAACAAAUUAAUCUUAAUUACUUAAAACAAAAAACGACGAUAAUAAUUGAAACUAAAUAACAAACUGAAUAACCACAAAGCUAGUUUAUGCAAUACAGGAAUAUGGAAUACUGAAAUUAUGCGUCAAGUAAACAAGUAAAACGUUUAGGCAAGAUUGUAUUGUAAUAUCUAAUCGUAAUUGUACUCGUAAUCGCAUGCCUACUCCCCAGCACUGGUGAAAAUCGGUUAGAUCAUGUCGUACUUACGUAUAUGAGUGUAGUUAAAAUAUACAUACAUAUUUACCUAAAUACAAAUCAAUCGAAAACGGAGGCAAUUGGAUAAGUGAUCGAUCGAUCGAUCCACUUGGUAUAAAACCCUGAUUGAUCCAUCGAUCUCCGCCAGAGAUGUCCCAGAGAUAUGGUUUUGUAAAAGCUAAUUAGGGAGUGUGGAUGGGGAUGGUGAUGUUGGGAUGAGCUUUUCGUUUCUCCCAGUGUAAGUGUUACAAUGUGUUACAAUUCAUUUUUUUUACCUUCAACACAGUCUUUGCCACAAUUAGUCGAACUCUACUUAGUAUAUGUAUGUAUAUUUAUGGUACUUACAUGUCUGUAUGUAUUGUACUUAAAUAAAAGCAAAAGCAAGAUCGAAAUCUAUGGAAAGCCCCCUGCUUCGCCCCCGCAAUCCAUAGCCAGGACUCAAUUAGGUAUAUCAAGGCUCUUGAGUUCAGUAGAAUAUCAUAAAUUGAGAGCUCAUAAUUUUUUGUGUGGAUGGGUUUGUUGGAGCCUCGACUCGAUGGUAUGGAUUACUAUGGGAUUGAAGGUAGUUAAGUAUAGAUCGACUAGGUAUACAUCCGAGAGAGCAAAUGUUAUGCGAAAUUGGGCAAUAGAAUCGAUAAUCCUCUAGGGAAUAUUAAUAUCCACAUCCUGAUUACGGUAUCCAAAAAGGCAAAAGGUCCACAAUUUUUAGAGUUUAUCACUUUGGUUAAAUAACGAAAAGAAAAAAAACUAAAAGUAAUGAGAUUUUA